CUCAGCAUUUACGAAAGGCACACCCUAGGGCUGAAAGAUUUGGUGGUACGAAGAAAGUUCAAGGACUUAAGAGUGAUCAAAAGGAUACAAUAACAAUGAAAGGAAAUAAGGUACAAAAAGUGUCUUCAGAAGACUUGUCUUUGCUUGCAAGACUAGAUGAACUGGAAGAAAAGGAAACUAAGAAUGCUGAACUAGACCAGGUUGGGAAGGAUGAUUCUGAUGAUAAAAAAAGCAUAACCACAGGUGAACACACAAACAUACAAGGAGAUGCAAGAUGGGGACUUCAUCAUAAAGACAAAACAAAUGAAACCAAAAAGAAAGUUACUUGGGAGAUACAUGAUGUUAAGGAUGAGACUGUGGUUAGCUCAACGGAUUCCACUACAAGUGAGGAUGAUGAUGAGAAUCAUGAUAGUGAUGAUUUACAGACCACAAUUUCAGUCAAGUUUAGCUCUUCAUCAGAGCACUCACAAGGGCAGUCUCCAAAGGAUUCUUGUGAACAACUUACUGUUACAAGCCCAGCAGACAUCUACUCACAGUUUGCUUCUAAAAAAGAGUUAAAAUCCAUUUUGAGAAGGCCUUCUGCUGAAGAAAAAGACAAAAAAAGCUUUGAAGAAGAGACAUCUGUUACUACACAACAAUUUCCUUCUGAUAUUGUCAAAGAUAACAUGCAGAUAGCAGACUUUGACUCUCAGAAGGCAUUUACAGGGAGUAUAAUUGAAAAGCCUGCUGUGCAGAUGAUCAGACAAGAGAGUUCUCACUUGCAGUCAGGCACAUCCCAACCUGGAAAGAAGCUUUCAAGAUUCAAAGCCACAAGACAGAAGCAACAAUAACACAUUCUUAAUUGUGAUAGCAGUCAAACUGUUUUUUGCCUGACUUUCCCCAGAUAAGGGGGAGG